UGGCAUAAAAGAACACACACUGGAGAGAAGCCUUACAAAUGUAAUCAAUGUGGUAAAGCCUUUGCAAAAAGCAGUCAGCUCAUACGGCAUAAAAGAACACAUACUGGCGAGAAACCUUAUGAAUGUAACCAGUGUGGUAAAGCCUUUGCAGAAAACAGUCAUCUCAUAAGCCAUAAAAGAACACACACUGGAGAGAAACCUUAUGAAUGUAACCAGUGUGGCAAAGCCUUUGCAGAAAACAGUCAUCUCAUAAGCCAUAAAAGAACACACACUGGAGAGAAACCUUAUGAAUGUAACCAGUGUGGUAAAGCCUUUGCAGAAAACAGUCAUCUCAUAAGCCAUAAAAGAACACACACUGGAGAGAAACCUUAUGAAUGUAACCAGUGUGGCAAAGCCUUUGCACAAAACAGUACUCUCUUAAGUCAUAAAAGAACACACACUGGAGAGAAACCUUAUGAAUGUAAUGAGUGUGGUAAAGCGUUUGCAGAAAACAGUCAUCUCAUAAGACAUAAAAGAACACACACUGGAGAGAAACCUUAUGAAUGUAACCAGUGUGGUAAAGCCUUUGCACAAAACAGUACUCUCUUAAGCCAUAAAAGAACACACACUGGAGAGAAACCUUAUGAAUGUAACCAGUGUGGUAAAGCCUUUAUGCACAUUGUUCAUAUCCUAAGACAUAAAAGGAUACAUAUAGGAGAGAAACCUCAUGAAUGUAACCGAUGUGGUAAAGCCUAUGCAUCUAACAGUGAUCUCCUAAGACAUAAAGGAACUCACACUGGAGAAAAACCUUAUGAAUGUAAUCAAUGUGGUAAAGCCUUUGUACGUAACAGACAUCUAAUACAUAAAAGAACUCACACUGGAGAGAAACCUUAUGAAUGUAUCCAAUGUGGUAAAGCCUUUGCAUAUAACAGUAGACUUUUAGUACAUAAACGAACUCACACUGGAGAAAAACCUUAUGAAUGUAAUCAAUGUGGGAAAGCCUUUGCAUGGAACAGUGAUCUCCAAAAACAUAAAAGAACUCACACUGGAGAGAAACCUUAUGAAUGUAACCAAUGUGGUAAAGCCUUUGCUGAUAACAGUAGUCUCCAAAGACAUAAAAGAACUCACACUGGAGAAAAACCUCAUGAAUGUAACCAAUGUGGUAAAGCCUUUGCAUCUAACAGUAAUCUACAAGUACAUAAAAGAAUUCACACCGGAGAGAAACCUUAUGAAUGUAACCAAUGUGGUAAAGCCUUUGUACGUAACAGUCAUCUCCUAGUACAUAAAAGAACUCACACUGGAGAAAAACCUCAUGAAUGUAACCGAUGUCGUAAAGCCUAUGCAUCUAACAGUGAUCUCCUAAGACAUAAAGGAACUCACACUGGAGAAAAACCUUAUGAAUGUAAUCAAUGUGGUAAAUCCUUUUCAUGGAACAGUGAUCUCCAAAAACAUAAAAGAACUCACACUGGAGAGAAACCUUAUGAAUGUAACCAAUGUGCUAAAGCCUUUGCAGAUAACAGUAGUCUCCAAAGACAUAAAAGAACUCACACUGGAGAGAAACCUUAUGAAUGUAACCAAUGUGGUAAAGCCUUUGCAUCUAACAGUAAUCUACGAGUACAUAAAAUAAUUCACACUGGAAAGAAACCUUAUGAAUGUAACCAAUGUGGUAAAGCCUUUGCACAGAACAGUAAUCUCCUAGUACAUAAAAGAACACACACUGGAGAAAAACGUCAUGAAUGUAACCGAUGUGGUAAAGCCUAUGCAUCUAACAGUGAUCUCCUAAGACAUAAAGGAACUCACACUGGAGAAAAACCUUAUGAAUGUAAUCAAUGUGGUAAAGACUUUGCAUAUAACAGUAAGCUUUUAGUACAUAAACGAACUCACACUGGAGAAAAACCUUAUGAAUGUAAUCAAUGUGGGAAAGCCUUUGCAUGGAACAGUGAUCUCCAAAAACAUAAAAGAAUUCACACCGGAGAGAAACCUUAUGAAUGUAACCAAUGUGGUAAAGCCUUUGCACAGAACAGUAAUCUCCUGGUACAUAAAAGAACUCACACUGGAGAAAAACCUCAUGAAUGUAACCAAUGUGGUAAAACCUUUUCACAGAACAGUCAAUUCCUAAUACAUAAAAGAACUCACACUGGAGAGAAACCUUAUGAAUAUAACCAAUGU